AUGUCGGAACGAAACUUCGAGGAACCCAUCACAAUAUCACUUGCAUCGAUCGAGUCACCAGAGACUCUCCCACAGCCUGAGCGCCGUGGUUCCGAACUCUGCCUUCCAUUAGCAGAUGAAGAUGCCUUGGUGCUACCAAAUCCGAGAGAUGGUCGUCGUGCAGGAUUGAUCCGAACGUGUCUGCAUAAAGGAGUAUGGACUAUGACAGACGAAGAACUCAACAUCAUCAUCCACGGCUUUCCUCCUGAACAGAAACCGUCACUGGAACAGAUCAUGAAUUUUAGAAACCGGCAAACGCCCGAGCUCCGGAGCAAAAUGGAUGACCUCGGUGGACCCGACGGUGUUGAAGAAUUCAAAGCUAUAUCACAAUGCUACAAAGAGCAGGGUUGUCGCAGAGAAGCGGCAAGAGCAACAAGGCAGUUGCAUCGCUACCAUCUAGUCCGUCGCCGCUACCAAGAACUCAUCCAUGACGAUUUACAACAAGACAAGCCUGCCAAGCCUUCCUACUCUUUGAAGCGUAAAGCAUUCGAGCAAAUCAUGAGAGAAACAAAAGGGCAGAAUGAUUUUCCCUCGUAUCCCACCAACAUCUCUACAUCCCAAAAGAUUCAAAACUUCGCUAUAAAAGCCCAGCGGAAGCCUUACUAUGAUAUUGGGAUAUGGGGAUUUGCGGUUCUACGACUCAACUAUAGCGAUGACCAGGCUUGGGAAAGUUUCAAAGUAACCAUUGAGGAAGCUGCUCAGAAGAGAUUGCAAGGCAGUGAAGUACCUGAACACAUACGUUCCAUGUUUCGCUUCACCUAUCUCGAAGACUCUUCUGCGCUUUCCGGACCCGUGGACCAAGCCAAGUUGGUCAAAUACUGGGAUCAAAACAAAUGGAACGAGGAUGUGCACAUGCACAUAAAUCGACAAAUCUUCAUAUCAGCGGAGGACAUAGAGGCACAAGAGGGUGAAAAUCCGAAUGAUCCGCGGAUAUAUUUGCAUGAUGCAAGUGUUGAGGGCGAUGAUGAAGGGUUCCCUGGUUUUAUGAGGGCUAGCGUGUUUGAUUUGUUCUUGUGGCAUAUUGCAGGCAUGGAAAAGAGUCAUCUGCAUUUGAGGAGUAUGUGGGAGACUCUGAACUCACAGUAG